AUGGUCAGAAAGAUGAUGUUUAGUCUCCCCCUACCUACAACGGAGCCCCCACAGUUUGACGGUUACCCUUUUGUAGGUAUAUGGAAUGCCCCGACCCCUGUAUGCAAGAAGCUUGGGAUUCCACUGGACACCUGGUCUUUCAAGGAAGUGACCACACCUGCUGCUGUUCCUGGUCAGUUCCUCACCCUGUUCUACACUGACCACCUGGGCCUAUACCCUUAUGUUAACCCCAAAAACAAUCAGCAGAUCAACGGCGGCAUCCCCCAAAAGGGUAACCUUCCAGCACACCUGAAAAAAGCCUACAGUGACAUCAAUUAUUACAUCCCCUCUGACACAACCCCAGGUCUGGCUGUCAUUGACUGGGAAGACUGGCGACCCCUGUGGGACAGGAACUGGGGCGCCAAGGACAUUUACCGUCAACUGUCCAUUGCCUACGCUCAAAUGAAAGACCCCUCUUGGUUGCCUUCGCAAGCAACUGCCGAUGCAAAGAAGCAGUUUCAGACUGCAGCCCGCAACUAUAUGGAGAAAACCUUGAAGUUAGGCAUCAGCCAGCGACCCAAACGGCUGUGGGGCUUCUAUCUGUUCCCUGACUGCUACAACUAUGGUUGGGAGACACCAGGCUACACAGGGCAAUGCUCCGACCUGACUAAAAGUCAGAACGACCAGCUUCUGUGGCUUUGGGAAUCUAGCACUGCUCUAUACCCUUCAGUCUACCUGCCUGGUUCGCUGAAAAACAGCCCCAACGCUGCGCUCUUUGUCCGAAACCGUGUUCAGGAGGCAGUGAGGGUGGCAGCUCUGCCCAAAAGGCCCUUCACUGUGCCCAUUUAUGUGUACUCCUGGCCCAUGUUCAGCAACCAAAAUGACUUCCUCAGUAUGGAGGAUCUAAUCAGCAGCAUUGGAGAGACUGCAGCCUUGGGAGCCUCUGGGUCAGUGCUCUGGGGGGCCAGUGCCGACUAUACUGACAGGGCUUCAUGUGAAGCAUUAUCCACAUACCUGACAUCUACCCUCAACCCAUACAUUGCCAAUGUGACUGCUGCAGCCAAACUCUGUAGCGAUGUCCUUUGCCAGGGCAAUGGCCGCUGUGUAAGAAAAGACUACAACUCCAAUGUCUACCUGAACCAGAACACAUUCCGCCUACAAGAGUCCCAGGGGAAGUACAUGGCCAUUGGAAUACCCUCAUCCGCUGACCUCCUCACCUUAGCAGACAAGUUCACCUGCCAGUGCUACAAAGGCAGAAGCUGCUCACCCAAAUUAUCACGUCCCAGGACCCCUAUGGUGAUUCCACUGUAGCCUCCCCAGCACUGCAAAACAAGAAAAUUGGACGAAUGAAAA